CCUGAAAUGUGCCUGAUUAGUACUUUCAUUAACCUCAAUACGGGAGUACUAUUUGUAGAGUCACCACAUUGCAAAAUGAACUUGCAGAUCAAGAUAAUUUCAGAUUCUCAUGAUGGCGAGAAGGAAGAAAUUGAUUUGAAUUCACGAAGUUAUGAAGUUCAUAGUUAUGGAAAUGAAGUAAAUGUAUGGUUUAGCAAUGCAAUUGGACAACCUUGUGCUUUGCUGCGGUCCUCUGAUUCCAAAUAUUGCUCGAACAAGAAAAUUCUGGGCCUCUGUAGAGAUGUUGGAAGCAGAUUGAACUUCACCAAUGAAGCUCAGUUUUUAUUAAUAUCUGAAGAGAGUGUAUCUGAUCUCAACAAGAGAUUAAGCUCAAUGACAGCAGAUGUACAGGAAGGAACCAGUGAACCAGUCCAAGUCAAUCCAAUGAGAUUUCGACCUAACCUUCUUAUAUCUGGUGGUGAACCUUAUUCUGAAGAUGGAUGGACAAAUCUUAAAAUUGGGAACAACUAUUUCACAUCUUUGGGUGGAUGCAACCGAUGCCAGAUGGUCAAUUCUGUUUAUCAAGCUGGAAAGGUGUGGAAGUCAAGGGAUCCUCUGGCGACUUUGGCAUCAUACAGAAGGGUGAAGGGAAAGAUUUUGUUUGGAAUAUUGCUGAAGUAUCAUUUUUGCACUGAGUUUGCUCUGGAAACUGAUUCAUGGCUUCAAGUGGGGCAAGAAAUGCAUCCAAAUUAAGUAUCUAUCUUAAUGUGUAUAUAUAUGGUCAGAUAUACACCUAAUGGACUACCUACUUACAAGGCCAUAUAAGGUACCAAAAAGAAAAAGUUGAAGCGGUCCAGUGAAAAUGUAGCUUACCAGUAAAACUCCAACAAUAUAAUUGAGGGUCAAACAUGUUGAAAUAGCUCUAUCUCUUGAUUGGAUACUUUUAAGUGGAAUGCCUUACGAGCAGAGCAAUGAAAAUGAUUAUUGUUAAGAGGAAACCCUAGUUUACAUGCUGAAUCUGUUGAUAAAUCUCCUCGGCAGUUGUCUUGUGGAGCACUUCAAUGUAAAAUGGUGAAUAAAUAGUAUGCCAUGUACACAAAUUCUUGUGAUAAAUGAGUGCUUUCUCCAAA